ACCAGUACUACUAUUCCAGAUUUAAUUCGGGGUUUGACUCGGCUAAAGAGUACAGAAAGGAGUCCCUCUGAGAGGAAAACAAAUAACGGGAGUCGUCUCCAUACUCGCCGAAGAGAGGACGAUGACACCACGCGGAGGCAUGUUGUGGUAUGGGAUAUGUUAAGCGGUGCCCUAUAUAAAUCAUCGUAGAUGGAGCUGUGGGAUAAGAAGACAAAUUAAGUUCGCCGCGCCGACAGAGGAGGUUGUUAUGCGGCUUCACGCUCGUACUCUCGUCGACCUCCUCCCCAAGACCCAGCCGCAGCCCCCGCCCGCUGUUUCCACCCUCCUCUUCGAGCCCUCCUCCCGUUCCCUCGCCCUCAUGCUCUCCGACUCCUCAUGCCUCCUCUACCCCUCCUUCUCCCCCUUCUCUUCCCCUCCCCCUCCCACCGCCGUCCCUCCCGUCUCCACCGCCGCCUGCUUCCUCCGCCUCCUCCCCUCCCCCGCCGCCGCCGGCCACGUGAUCUUCCUCGCCGCCUCCCCCCUCGCCUCCGGCUCCGCCGUCCAACUCCGCGCCUGGAUCCUCCUCUCCUGCGACCUCUUCGCCCCCGCGCGCCUCAACUUCAAGAGCGAUCGCGCCCGCUCCGCCCUCGCCCUCCCCCUCCCCCACGGCCUCUCCGUUCGCCUCGCCGCCUCCACCAACGUCUUCGUCCUCCACUCCCUCGCCGCCAACCAGAUCUGGGUCUUCGUCGCCCGUCUGCCAGGCGACCCUGACGACGGCGGUGGCGGUCAUCCGGCCGUCGAUCUGAUGAAGUGUGCGGUCGUUGACCUCGUGCUGCCGGUCUACUCGGUCGCCGUCUCGAUGGGGUUUCUGCUUCUUGGGGAGAUGGAUGGGGUUAGGGUCUUCCUUCUGAGGCCCUUGAUUAAGGGAGAAGGAAGGGUUGCGAGGCGUGGCGGUGUGGGGCAGAAAAGGCUCAGUGCAGCUAAGGGCAUUGAUUCAGUUGUGGAUGCAUGCAAGAAGGGUGUUUUAAACGGGGUGGUCGUUCCUCCGAGCUCUGCCAGGAGUGGUCCGCCAUCUCUUGCUGCUGGCAAGCUGCCGAGACCUGAGGCUGGUUGUUGCUGCAACGAUAGAGGUGCUGAAUUGGAAAGUGUAGUGGAAAAAGGGACAGCCGGAGAUCGCGCUUCCUAUAAGCUCAAGACUCUGAGACUGAGUCAAAAUUCAAGUGAUUACUCAUUUUUUGUGGUGAUGACUUGUUCUGGUGACGUCCAAAAUUCUAAAAACGCUAUGGGAGUUCUGGCAUCAGCACAAGCAGUCUCCAUUCAUGCACUGUCUCAGAAGAAGUUUUUGAUCUUAGAUUCUGCUGGGGAUUUGCAUGUUUUAAGCAUGCAUAAUACUGUCAAGGCACCAGAGGGCACUGCCCAGUGCCCUGUAACUCCCAAAGAUGCUCAUAUGAACCAUCUGGAUCACACCAUGAAAGUGCAAAUGCUGGCUGUUCUUCCUGACAUUUCUACAAAGAUGCAAGUUUUUUGGGUAUCAGAUGGUGGAUAUUCAGUGCAUAUGAUGUCAAUCGCUGAUAUUGAAUGUCCUGUCAGUGAGAAUGAUAAGAAUGAAAGCAAACAGAAGGCAGUUCAGAUCUCAGCUAUUGAAGCAAUCUUUACGAGUGAAAAGAUUCAGGACAUUCUACCCCUUUCUGCAAAUGCAGUUCUCAUUCUUGGUCAAGGAAGCAUAUUUGCAUAUGCCACAGCUUGAGACUGUUGGCGGUUGAUAAGUUAUUGUGGAAAUCCAUGCCAGGCCAUCUUAGAACAUAAAAUUUGUUUACAGCCACUCUGUUGCUGUUCUGUUCCAAUUUGGGUUAAGACAGGUUGGCAGUCAUGCAGCCUUGCUGAUUAGGAGCAUUCAUUUUGUCAACCUGUCUUUGAAGUCAUGAGCUACAUUCAUCUUUUACUUCAGUACAACCUCAAGUUUGACUUCAAAAAGGAUCAACAAGAGCUGAAAGGUGCAAUUCGGUUCAGCAUGCAUGGAGUAUGAGCACCCAGUUCAGUUUCAAUUGACUAGCUGAUUCCAUGUUGAGAGGCAUCCAUGCUGUGGUUGUCAUUUCCUUCAAGGAGCUUCUUCUUGUAUUCCCCAGAGUUAUGCAUUCGCAUGGAAGAUCAUGUUGGGUCAAGAGUCACGCUUGGGGUGUGUUAUACAUACCUAAUUGGCAUGUGGUGUUAUACAUAUCGAAUCGGCAUGCAUACAUACCUAAUCUGGCACUGUGAUAUUUAAAGCCAAUUUAUAGGGCUUUCUGAAACCAAAGCGAGGGAAGUAUUUGGUUGUCACCAAACUAUAAGAUCACCAAGUUUCAGAAAGAAGGGCAUCCGUCCAACUCCUAGGAUGAUGCAGAUCGCUAUUAAAAUGUUCAUUUCAUGUUUGGAAUAUAGAGUAAGGAAAGCCUCAACAUCUUGAUAAAUAUUUUAUUGGUAUCAUCAGAUACUCUAUUUUUAUCCCCUUCUCUCCCGGGGUGAAAUGGU